UCCAUAGUGAAACGAUGGAGCAGAAGGAAUACAAUGGAAACCAUUCUUCUCCAAAUCCAGCAGAAGAGGAGGGAGAUCAUACUUUGCAUCAAUCUGUGAUACCAAAAUCUCCGAGUUCUGCCUCUCUAGGGCUUGACGAAGAGGCCUAUCUUUCGAAAGUGCCUCAUCAACUAAGGCAGGUAAAUGAAAGUGCCUAUGAACCACAACUAAUUUCAAUUGGUCCUUAUCACCAUGGUAAGCAGCACUUGAUUGAGAUGGAAGUCUACAAAAAACGUUGUUUACAAAGGAUUCUUGAGAGAAACGAUGAGCAAAACGACCAUAGAUUUCGGGACGCCAUCGACUUUGUACGAGCUCGCAAAUGGUAUUCCCCAUCCUUACCGAAAGAUAUUGAAGCUAAAUUUGAUGCAAUAAUGCUAGAUGAUGGUUGCUUUAUUGUUGAGCUAUUGAGGCAGAUGGAAACAGGUGAAUAUGAUGAUCCUAUUUUCCAAAAAAAGUGGGUCCAAAAUGCCUUGCUUGGUGACUUGUUGCUAUUCGAAAAUCAACUUCCUUUCUUUGUGUUAGUGGGCUUGUAUCACGUGAUCAAGGAUCCAACAGAUGGAAAAGAUUUCGCUUGCCAGGCUUUUUCUGUUCUUUCUGAUUUCUUGCCAGGCCCAGAGACAUGGAAAGAAAAUCCUCCUACCAUCAACGAUACCGACAAUAUCAAGGACCUACUCAGCUUACUACAUGAUAAUUGGUGUCCUUCUCCUCAAGGAAUAAGGCGCCAUCAGGAUUACUAUAGAACAAAAGAUGAAAAAGCAAAGGCAGGAGAAGAAGCAAGAAAAAAAGGUGGCCUAGAAAAAAAAUGGAAAUUCACACUCUGUGCCGUAGAAAAGCCAAAAGAAAAAAAAUUCCAAGGCGACGUAGAGAGCGGUGUGACUAUCACAUGCUGUGCAAGAGAAAAGGAAAAUUUAAGAAAAGGCCUAUUGGAAUGGCAAUCCUUACGUUGUGCAACAGAGCUGAAAGAAGCAGGAAUCCAAUUCAUAAAUAGUACCGAAGAGAGCGGUGUGAACAGUUUGUUUGAUAUAAGCUUUAGAGACGCGACAAUGAAGAUUCCAACCUUUGUGGUUGACGACGAUACCGAGCGUCUCUUUCGUAACCUCAUUGCCUAUGAACUAUAUGAGGAAGGUUCAACUUAUGUCAUUGAUUAUGUCACGUUGAUGGAUAACCUUAUCAACUCAAGCAAGGAUGUGCAAUUGCUUCGUUUCAGUGAUAUCAUCGAAAAUAUGUUGGGUGAUGAUGAAGCUGUUGCUAAAAUGCUUAACAAACUUCGUGAUCAUGUUAUCUUAUGCGGUGAUACCUUUUAUUAUGAGGAGAUAUUUGUUGACGUGAAGAGGCAUUGCGCAAGACGUUGGAACACAUGGAAGGCGAAAUUAAGGCAUGAUUAUUUUCACAGUCCCUGGGCACUCAUCUCCUUUAUUGCUGCUCUUCUCGUUAUCCUUCUUACCAUCGGACAGUUUGUAACUGCACUCAUUCCUCUUGUAAAAUAAUGGAUUGGAGGCAGGCUUUAGGCUUGGUGGUUGUAAAAUAUGGUAAACUAAAGCUCAUGCGCUUCUUGCCUUUUAGUUGUUCUUGUUUUUGUCUCCUUAUGUUUUUCUCAUUGUUGUUAAGUUUAGCUAUUUGGGUUAGUUACUUUGAGUUUUUCCCUUUGAGUUUGUCUCAGUUGUAUUGUUCUCGUUAUGUUUAUGGCGAUAUCUCCACUCUAUUUAGGGUUACAUCUACUUUGUACUUUCUUCAUAUAUUCAAUAAAGUCUUUUAUUUGCCGAGCGA